UAGUGCAGUAAUCCCAGCGCCAGUAUACUGAACAGUCGCGUGUUUGUUGUUACUGUGACGUACGACAGUGCAUGUGAACAGUGAUCAUUUAUUUUAUAAACACACAGUGGAUAUAAUUCGGAUAUCUUUGUUUAUUUAAGUUGUUACUUAAGCACAGUGUAACAGUGAUUAUUUUAGUAACCCAAACUUGAUUGUAAACAAAUAUUGGUUUAUUAUUAUUAAUUAAAUAAUUAAAAUAAACAUCACUAUCUAGCCACAAAGUAAGCGUACAGUUAUGGUGACUAUAUAAUAGCGAGUAUGUCUAGACUAGUGUUAGUGUUAGUGUUGUUUAGUGUAGUGAUAGUGCGUGGCUCGGUGUGCAGCGAAUGCUACUGGAACAGCAAGUGCUCGUACGAACUGUUCGCUACGGCCACUCCGUAUGACAACAUUCGCGGUGACUUGAGAGACCAUGCUCAAGAUAAUGAUUGUAAGGUGAUCAGCCUGUGGUCCCUCCACCGCCAUGGGAACAGGAACCCCGGCGUUGACGUCACGCGUGACGUCAAAGAGUUACAACACAAGAUCAAACUACUCCUGGACGUUCCCGACAAUCGGAGGAGCAACAAUUGUUAUCAGGAUAUGGACGACCUGAUGAAGUGGCGCUGGAACACCACCCUGGAGAACUCCACGUCUUACCUCACGGGGGUCGGGUACGAGGAGUUAUACCAGCUCGGCAGGAGGAUACUAAUGCGAUACCAUGAUUUCGUAAAGAGCGUCGACAACGCCUACUUCAGGGCGACGAACUCCCAGCGUACGGAGGUCAGCCUCGCGGCGUAUGUUCGCGGCCUGAGUGACGGAGACGAUACGCUCAACUUCACUACAGCCAUAGACGCUCCACUGCAGAGAGAUGAUGUUAUACGGCCGUAUGAAACCUGUGCUAGAUAUCAGGACGAGGUGAAAAAUGGACAAAAAGUGACCGAAGAACUAGCAGCAUACGAUACAAGCGCGGAGUUUUUAGCUAUAAGAGACAGAGUACAGGCGAAGAUGUUCGUCGACUACAAAAUAUCAUCCAGGGAAGUGUUCACUCUCUACGAGCUGUGUCGGUUCGAGCGCUCCUGGGACCCAAAGCUGCGGUCUCCCUGGUGUUCCUUCUUCACUGACCAAGACCUGGUGGUGCUGGAGUAUAGAGACGAUAUACGGCAUUACUAUAGAAACGGGUAUGGAUCACAGAUCAACCUGGACCUCGGAGCUCAAGCCAUGAAAAACUUGUACGAAACCUUCGUCGCCGCGAGCAAAUCCGAGCAAACGACCAUGGUCUCAUACUUCACACAUGACACCAUGUUGGAGAUGGUCUACUGCGCGCUGGGACUGUUCAGGGACCGGGAACCACUCAAAGGGUCAACCAGGAAAGCGAACAGACUGUGGAGAAGCACUGAGUUUACUGCCUUCGCUUCUAACUUCAUUGCUGUUCUAUACAGGUGUUCAAAAUCAGAUGAAGAAGAACUUCGUGUCCAGUUCCUAAUAAACGAAAAGCCGACAGCCCUCUGUCCAGAAGACGGCUGCGCAUGGCAGCAGUUCCUGAACACCUUCCAGGUCUUCAGUACUGCUAAACUGGACUUCUGUGGCACAAAUGAAUCUGGUGCAUCACAUCUUUCCGGGAGAUCUGACAUGAAAAUGAAUUUAGCGUCUAGUCUAAUGAUAUUAGUCAUGAUUACCAGUAUUUUGUGACCUAAGUAGUAAUAGAUUAGAUUUUAUAGUAGACUUUUAAGUAGGGUUGCCAUCUAAAAGUUUAUCAUCAUUAUCAACCCAUAUUCGGCUUACUGUUGAGCAUGAGUCUCCUCUCAGAAUGAGAACGGUUAGGCCAAGUAGUCCACCACGCUGGCCCAAUACGGAUUGGCAGACUUCACUCACGUAUAAAAUUCUCAGGUAUGCAGGUUUCCUCAUGAUGAUUUUCCUUCACCGUUUGAGAAACGUUACUAUAUAGAAUUUCUAUAUAGUAACCACUCGUGUUAAGCCAAGAUUGUUGUUAUCGAAGAGGAAAUGUGUUUUUGCUAAAAGUAGUAUUUUUAAUACCUGAUAUAUUUAUACGUAACCCUCAUAUGUUAUGCGAUCGUUUUAUUCAUUUAUGGUAUCUCUUAAGUUUAUUGAGUAGUAUUUAACAUACUACUUAAUAAACUUAAUAAAAACAUUAAAGUAAAAAAAAUACCAAAUUAGUCCUAUAAUAAUCUAACAAAAACAAAUCAAAGAUCGCAAAUGUGUUAAACUAAUUUAUUUUUAUACCUACCUGUUUAAACAUGUAUUUUUUUUAAUUUUAAGCAAUACGAAGUCUUACAAUAAUUAGUACUCUAUAUAAUAUAGGCAGUGGAACUUAGUAAGCUAAUUUUAACCUCACCAGAAAUAUAAGAAACUAGUAACCAACGAUAUUUUAUACUAUAGAUAUGUUACGGGCCUACAAAAUCACCACAAAAAGUGAUCUUAAUAAGCUACUCCACUGAGCGCACACAUGUAUAAUCUUAUGUUUAAUUAUAUAAUAUAUUUAAGUAAAUAUAGUUUUUACACUUCCAGAACAUAAAACUCGACGUUGUAGAAAAUAUUCAGGUAUUACUUGUUUAAAUAACGUUCGUUGUAUAAGCCAUUAAAUGAAAUUAAGACAAUUUGCCCACCUCAGUGUUGAUGAAACAGAGAUAUAUAAAAUAGACGAAUAGCGCUAUUUGGCUGAGGGACUACAAUUACUUUUUACAUCGUAAUCUAGUGGUAACAAUAUGUAAUGUAUGGAUGUCUGGUCUAUUGAAGGCUCUCGUUCUGUCAAGCUUCAGUGUAUUUUUUACUUAUGACCCAGACCUUUGUAGUCUUUAAAUAUCUAGUCUAAGUACUUACUACUAACAUAAACAUCCUAAGAUAAAUCCUAAUUAUGGCUGCUGAAAAAUCAUUCCCUAUUAUAUGACAUAAACAAAAUAUUCCAGACAUUACUAUUAUACAAUAAAUACUCUCUAUAGUAGAAAAAAAAAUAUUUAUAAAAAUAUUAA